UUUUGUUUGCCUAGUAGUGAAGGCCGUCCAUCUGGAGCUGGUGAUGGACCUAACCACCCAAGCGUUCCUAGCAGCGCUGAAACGGUUCGCAGCUCGUCGCGGCAAGCCCCAAUUGAUAAUGUGCGAUAACGCAACGACCUUCGUCGGAGCGAAACGGGAGCUAACCGAGCUGCAUCGACUGUUUCACGACCAGAAGUUCCAAGAGCAACUUAUCAAGGACACCAGUUCCGAUGGCAUCGAGUUCCGAUUCAUCCCUCCCCGCACGCCAAACUUCGGCGGACUCUGGGAGGCGCAGGUCAAGUCCUUUAAAGGGCACUUCAAGAAGGCUGUUGGAACAAAGGUUUUGAAGGUGGACGAAAUGUUGACUGCACUGGCGCAGAUCGAAGCGGUCCUCAACUCACGUCCGCUAACCCCAAUCAGCAGUGAUCCCAGCGAUUUCGAGGCUCUAACUCCAGGGCACUUCCUGGUUCAGCGACCACUAACUGCCAUCCCGGAGCCUGAUUUGCAGGAUCUUCCCACCAAUCGCCUGUCGAAGUGGGAGACUGCUCAGCAGGUGUCACAGCAGGUCUGGAGCAGGUGGUCUACACAAUACCUCUCGGAUCUCCACAACCGCACCAAGUGGACCAAACAGCGGAACAAUAUUCGUAUCGGCACGAUGGUCCUACUCAAGGACGAGAAUGCCCCUCCUCUGAAGUGGCACUUAGGUAGGGUCGUCAAGGUCUUCGAAGGGUCGGACGGCAACAUUCGUGUCGUCACGGUCCGCACUAAAGACGGAUGCUUCGAUCGAGGAAUCUCGAAGGUCUGUCCUCUUCCUAUCCGAGACAACGAAGAGAGCCCUCAACUCUCACCCGCAUAAGUCACUCGCCGAGUGCACAUCGGUGUUAAGGCACCAUCCAAGUUUUUUUCAAACGUCUCAAGAGCAAUCAAGGUCAAGUUGGUAUCGUCUGUGCAUGUCUUGUGUACGUCAUUUGGUAUGGUGAAGGUCUCGGCGCACAGGGCGUCGGCGGUGACCACAGGGUCAUUGCAAGAUUCAAGCAAAUUUCUAAUCGUUGCAUAUCGUUGGUAGCACCACAGCGUUCGCUACCGUCUCUCAUCCGGAGGAAUCCAUGGUAACCCCUCCAACAGCCGUCGUCAACCGUUUGGCAGUGAGCUUGGCCAGCUCGCAUUGCCGAUCAGCGAAUCGAUGGCACGAAGUUACGAAGUCGAAGAAGGGUGGUCAUCCGACCGCAGAAGCACCUACGCCCGGCAGAGACUACCACCCAGGUUUACACUCUACGGAGGAUCCUCAGGCACCGUUCUUGCCUGGGUAGGAAACCACCAACCAAACCAUCACCAUACGCACCACCACUACGAAGUACCGCAAGCAGCAAGGAAGGAAGCCAGCCAUCAACCGAUGGAGUGGCGCAAGGUCGUACCAGACGAUGACCCCGACCGAUCCAAAACGAAGCACCGUGAAGCCCAUUGAAGUCACUCCGAAGUCCCCGAAUCCAGUCAAGCCACCGUAGAAGAAGAAGAAGAAGAAGCCAUCCCGCUGUGCACCCGGCACGGCAUUCCUGGAGAUAGCCACGUGAGCCCGAUGUCAACGUGUAUCGGCGCCAGAGGCGCAUAGACGAAGCAGUUCCCCAACGCACGCACCCGCGUGGCGAUGUCCCGUCGGCAAGGGUCGGC